CCGGAUGUGCCCGGUUUUUCGCUAAUGCUAAUGUACCCGGAACGAUAAAGCAGCACUCCGAAGAUGGCCGGGGUGUUUGAGGUGGAGGUUGAUGGUGUGGAGCACGAUCAUGGACUGGAGCACCACGAUGAACCGAACCAGUAUGAUUUGUCCAAGCUUUCACCAGAAGAGAAGUGGAGGAUGGAGCAUGCAAGAAUGCAUGCCAAACACAAAGGCCAUGAGGCCAUGCACGCAGAGAUGGUGCUGAUCCUCAUUGUUACCCUGGUUGUCGCCCAGCUAGUCCUCGUGCAGUGGAAACAGAGGCAUCCAAAGUCAUACAAUUUGGUGACUUUGUUCCAGAUGUGGGUAGUUCCUCUCUACUUUACUACCAAACUUCACUGGUGGAGGUUCCUGACCACGUGGUUUAUCUUCUCUGUAAUCACAGCGUACAUUUCCUUCCGUGCUACCCGUAAGCCACUGGCCUGCACCACACCGAGGUUGGUGUACAAGUGGUUCCUCCUCCUGUAUAAAAUCAGCUAUGCCACAGGAAUAGUUGGCUACACUGUCGUCAUGUUUACACUUUUUGGUAUUAACCUAAUAUUCAGGAUAAGUCCAGAGGAUGCCAUGGACUUUGGUGUUUCACUUCUCUUCUAUGGACUGUACUACGGGGUCCUGGGAAGGGACUUUGCAGAGAUGUGUGCGGACUUCAUGGCUUCAACCAUUGGGUAUUACAGUGCAUCUGGCAUGCCAACCAAACACCUCUCAGACAACAUCUGUGCUGUGUGCGGUCAGCCCAUCCUUGUCGAUGUCAGUGAGGAAGGGAUCAUUGAGAACACAUAUCGAUUAUCUUGCAACCAUGUGUUCCAUGAAUUCUGCAUAAGAGGAUGGUGUAUCGUCGGGAAGAAGCAGAUGUGUCCGUACUGCAAAGAGAAGGUGGAUCUGAAGAGGAUGUUCAGUAACCCCUGGGAAAGACCGCACGUCAUGUACGGACAACUUUUAGACUGGCUUCGGUACUUGGUGGCCUGGCAACCUGUUAUUAUUGGAUUUGUGCAAGGUAUCAACUACGUCCUGGGUCUGGAGUAGCCGGCAAAAACCGGCAGAAACGGACACACAUACCAUGUGGAGAAGAUUAUGCACUGGCUCAAAAAGACUGAGGGCCUAACAUUGAACUAAAACACCAAUU